AUGGAUGUCGAGACGCCAAGAUCGGACGACAAGGCUGAAACAGGACACAUCGCAUCCUCAACCUCGAGCCCGGGCAAGACGACGGUGCAUAAGGAGGUGGAAAGAGAGGACCCGGAUUCGAAAUACCAGCCAACGCUCAGAAACCUCAACGGCCACAUUUUUCGCAAUGUUAGAGGCUUCUCUGAGAAAUACUUCGAGGGCAAGCCCUGGUCACCCCUGGCUGAGCAGCUAGCGAAGGAUAUCGGCACAGCCGUAUCCUCAAUCCUUUUUGACGAUGUGCUCGUUCAAAACGUGCUCGAUCUCUUCCUCGGACAGUCCUUAGUGUUUGAAUACAAGCUUCCUCCAGGUCGCAGUCAAUAUCGCCGCGGCAACAGCCACCCUCUAUCCGGUUUCGAUGAGCUGGAUACUCCAACCCUCUACCUGGUCCAUACCAGCUCGCAAACGCCGAAGGCGCAGCAUGAAUGGGCAGAUGUUCAAGCCAUAGGGCAGUGUGACACCGAUGAUCCCGCAGACUAUCGCCGGCAGAUGCUACAUUUCUGCACUUAUGCGUGGCGGGUAUUCAAUAACCAACCGACGCGGCGGGUCCUCCAUGGCUUCCAUAUUUCAGGACUGCUGGUCACAUUGUGGGUAUUUGAUCGCGCUGGUGCAUACAGUUGCGUUCCGUUCCAUAUCCGGACGGAGCCGAGACGUUUCCUCGUUGCCGUUGCCGGUUAUGCAAUGAUGAGCGAUGAGGAACUAGGUGUGGACACGUUCAUUCAAAACGAUCGGGAAGGCAAGUACAUCAUGCUCACGAGCAAGGACGACUCUAUUUGCGAGCGGCUCAACCUCCGAGAGCGGGUUCGUUCGCAUCCAGGAGUGGUAUACAGUGGCCCAACGUGCUAUCGUGCCGAAAGGACAGGUCCGGAUGCGGGCCAGGUGGUCGUUAAAUUCACGUGGAGGACAGAGGCAGAGUCUCCUGAAGAGGACAUCUUGCGUAAGAUUGCGGAGAGGAAGGUGUGGGGCGUUGUCCAACUUUUUGGCAACCAAGACAUCACUUCCAUCUGUGAUCUGCACGCAGGCUUAAGUUUCGAAUCGGCGGUACCCCUUCCAUUGGACCGACGCUCUGACAUCGAAGGGCCACCCCCCGCAUCCGCGACGAAAGGCACGACCAUCAGCUCCAACGCUGAACCUUCAUUCCCAGACCUAACAUUCUGCUGCAUAGCCGUGCACCCCGUCGGCCGUCCCAUCGAAGCCUAUUCCUCCAUCUCCGAGCUCCUCUGUGCCUUCAUCGACAUCAUCCGCGGCCACCGCUCGCUCUACCAGAACGGCCGCAUCCUGCACCAAGACGUGUCGCCCGGAAACAUCAUGAUCACCGACCGCCCCGCCGCCGGCGCUCCACGCGGCUUUCUCAUCGAUUUGGACGCAGCAAGAAGUCUAGAGGCCAGCCCCGCGACAGGCGAGCGUAAAGGCACGCGCGCGUUCAUGGCUCUCGGUGUGCUGGACGCGAAACCGCAUACCUACCGGCACGACAUGGAGUCGCUGUUCUACUGUCUGAUUUGGGUGGCGGUUUGUCCAAAGAACGGGAAGAUGCCGCCAGGUGGGAGUAGGCUUUGGGGAUGGUUCCAGGGGGGUUUUGCGGAGUGCGCGGAGAGGAAGAGGAGCGAUAUCGUGGGUGACGGGUUCGAGGGCGUUUUGAACGAGUUUGCGGAGGGGCUUGGGGGGCUGAAGGGACUAGCGCGUGAAUUGAGAACUUUGCUGUUCACGAGGGAGGAUGCUGGGGACGAGGAUGCGGACGCGUUCUAUGAUGAGAUGGAAGCUGCUUUCGGGAGGGCUUUGUUGGGAGUGAGGGAGAAGAUCUGA